UAUGGUGAGUUUAAUUGAUGAUUCAAAGAAAUUAAGUCAUUAUGCAAAAGCUAUAAUGGUAUUCACAAAUAUAACAAUAACGGAUGAUGAUUUGCCAAGAAAAAUGUGCUCAAUGUGUUUAUUUUUAUUGAAACAAACUAUCAUCUUCAAACAGAAAUGUGAAUCUACGGAUAAACAAAUGAAAAAGUUAAAAAAAAUGAGCAAAUCAUUAGAAAGUUUAAAGGAAACAGUUGUUCAACAUUGGAUGUAUAAAUUAUAUUUUCCAAAUGAAUUUGAAUGUAAAACUAAUCAAGAAAAUAAGCCUAAAAGUCAGAAGUUAGAAAGAACACCAAUAUUAAAAUCUGUAGAAUCAAGUAAACAAAAUAAAAUACAAGAAGAUAUUGUGUCUAAUAACUUUAACCACAGUUGUAUUAAAGAUGAAAAUAACAAAGAUGAUCCUGACCAUUUACUUGAUAUAAUUGAAAACAUAUUCACAACACAAGACGGAGCAAUACAAGAUUUUAAAAACCCCAAGAAAAAGAAAUUAAAACGAAAGCUACUUAAAUAUAACCAGCCAAUGAAUAAAAAAUCAAAUGCCUCUGUUACAUUAGAUUGUAAAUUAUGUAACAAAGUAUUAGCAAAUCCUAUGACAUACAAACAACAUAUGCAACGACACACUGGUUGCCAUUACAUCUGUGAACAUUGCGGUAAAGGUUUCCCAGUACGUGCCGAAUUAAAUAUACACAGAGUAUCCAUUCAUGGUACUGGUCCAUACUUACAAUGUCAACAUUGUCCGUUUAAAGCACCGAGAAAGUUUGAUUUGAUUGAACAUGUACGAGUUCACACCGGUGAGAGACCGUAUACAUGUGACAAAUGUGGUUUAACGUUCCGUAGACGUGGUAUUUGGAAGAGACAUAUGAUUUAUCAUAACGAAAAGAAUGUACAAUGUACACAAUGUCCACGCAAAUUUUAUCAACGCAGUGCUAUGUUGGCACAUGCUAACAAUGUACAUGACAGAUUAUAUGUUUAUUUAUGUAAUAAAUGUGGUGUUACAUAUGCUAAGCCAGCAACGGUUAGAAGACAUUUAACGGAAAGACAUGGGAUACCAAGAGAGAUGCAAGGUAAAGUGUUAAGGGUGAACAAAGCGUCUUCAUUUAAUACUUUAGGUGAAUAUAAUUCAAUUUGUCUUGGGGAAAUUCAUACUUAGGUAACAAUGUUAUUUAGUUCUAAAAUUGUAGAUUUCCUGAACCUUGUAGUCUAUGUUUCAUCUAAUUUGUAAAAUUGACAAUA